AUGAUUCUUUUCCCACGCAAUCUUCAACCGGACAGCCUCUCCCCGGUCUUGCUGCAAGCAUCCUUGUGUGUGUACUCGUUCAAUCCCAACAACGCGCGCCCAUACGCUCGCAACCAGAGCGAGCCUCGUCGGCCAGAUAAAGCCAGUCUCAAUCGGCCCGGACACAGUGCCCUCAUCAGCAUGUCGCGAUACGGCAACAGGAAAUCCGUCACCAGACCAGUGCUCUCGUUCUCCGUGUCUCUGGUGGCCUGGCUGGCUCUUCUGCAAGUGCUGCUGGCGACAGCUGUUCUGUUCCCGGUCGGAGAGGCGGCGGCCCAUGACGGCCUCGAUGAAAACGAGACGACUCCUGUCAGUUUGGAGAAGCGCAACUUCCUGGUCGACAGUCGCCUAGGCAAGAGGACCAGCUAUCUCUUGGCACCUCGGUAUCACCAGAACAAGCGCAACUUCCUGGUGGACAGUCGUCUUGGAAAGAGAAACUUCCUUAUUGACAGUCGACUUGGAAAACGAGACGAGAGGGAGGAAUACGAGAACGAGGAGGACUUUUAUGCCGGCGGCCUCCUUCCUGAGAGCAGGCGGCCAAGAAAGCGCAACUUCCUGCUCGACAGUCGACUGGGCAAGUGA